CAUCAGUUCCCGUCCCCACUUUGGCUUCACGGGGGACGAUACGAUCAUAAAAUAGUAGAACAUUUUUCUUAUAACUGUCGAAUAUCACAACAAAUUGAUUUAGGAAUGCAAAAUUGAUAUUAAAAAUACAAAAACGUUCUUGACACACAAAGACGUUGCGUUGACCCUCCCCGUGAAUGUUCUGCUGGAUGAUGCUGGCUGAUGACAAUUUAUAACCUAUAUCUGAACUAUAUGUCAAAGUGCAAAAUGACACACAUAUAUUAAUCACGGUGUUUAAUUGCAAAGUAAAAAUCUUAGGAACGCCGUGUUAAGUAUUUGAAUAGCAGAUGAUUUGUUCGUAAGCAAGUUCAGCAAAGAUUUCACGAUGUUCGAAUUGCCGGCAGAAUUGAUAGCUAAGCCCUUAGCUCUGAUAGGUUUGACUGGAUUAGACAUUGCAAAUCCAGUGCAUCGUUCCAUCUGGGAUGCGUUCAGCAAUAAUCGUAGACCAGAUUGCGCAGCCGUUCAGUUCAGGCUCCUUAGUUUGGCGCAUGAAUUUCCUACUGUUAAGCCAAAGCGUAGCUCAUAUGAAUGGUACAUACCUAAAGGAAUUUUAAAACGAAAUUGGAUGAACAAGUAUCUCAAUGAUAUUCCUUCCGUAGUUGUUGUGUUCUAUGAUUUAGACUGGAAUGACCCUUUGUGGAACGAGAAGAAGAUGGAGUGUGCUUCUAGAGUACAAUCUUUAAGAGCUGCCCUUGAUGGGAGAAGUACAAAAAUAGCUGUAGUAUUGAUACAACAUGCCACUCAACCGCUUCCUGGAGCUGAGGAUGUAGUUGCAACUGAGCGUGCAACAGCACUGUGUGGAGCUUGUGAUUUAACUGCGAAGCUCUUAUAUAUUCUGCCACAUGCUGAUCAUUUGCUAGGAUAUAUAUCUAGACUAGAAACUGCAUUCUACGAUUUGGCACAAAACUUUUAUCAUCACGAAUAUCGAAAUGUUAAAAGUCAUCGUGAUCAGCUUACUAAGAAUGUUCAUCAGUAUUUAUUUGUUCGUCAUCAAUUUAAAAUGGCAUUCUUGAAUGAACUCAAGCAGGAGCUGCAUCUUGCCCAAAAGCAUUAUAUGCAAGCUUACCACAACCUUCUAGAAACGAGAAUGACAGAUGCAAACGCAGUAGAAAUCAAAACCAUUGCUGGCUUUAUAAAUUAUAAGUUAUGCAGAAUAAUGUUUAGUUUGAAUCUUCCAAAAGAUGCCAUUUCUCAAUUUAGGCUUCAUACAGAUAGAUUUAAACUAAAAACUGGUCCCAAGGAGCUCAUGUUUGAACACCAUGCUUGGAUGAGCAGCCAGUUCUCUACUUUCGCUGAAUUAUUUGACGAGGCUAUUCGACAAGGAUUACCCGCUGUUCAAACGCAACAUCCAGGAUAUUAUUUUCAAUUAGCCGCUAAUCACGCAAGUUUGCGACAAUCUGCUUGUAAAGAACUUUGCCAGCAUAUAAACAAUUAUCCAGAUCCAGAUCCAUUACUGGGUGAAGAGAAACUCGAAUUUUAUGGACAACGACCGUGGCGACCUGGGAAAUUAAGUGCAGAACCAGCAGACACAGCUAGAGAAGCUGUCGGUAUACAAGCUUUACAAUACAGGGAGAAGACUGCAGUCAAUCAUUCUAUGAUAAUUAUUAGUUUACUAGGAAAUGCAAUAUCGCAAUUCAAGGUGUACCGUUGUCCAAGAAUGCGACGAUUGCUAGUUGUGCAAAUGGCAGAAGAAUAUUUCAAUGCUCGGGAUUAUGGCAAAGUUCUUACAUUAUUGAUGCACAUGUUAUGGGAAUAUCAUGGAGAACGAUGGCCAGUCUUACUCACAGAUAUUUUAAAGAAUGCACUGCGAGCUGCGUAUUUGUCGACUAGUAUUCAAGACUAUCUUACUCUGGCUCUCGAAGCUUUAGGACCUUCAACUACAUUCUCAGAGGAACGACAAGCUAUUAUUUAUGAUAAUAUUAUGAAUAUAUUACAGAAAAAACCACCGAAUCCAGAACCUGAUUUACCAGAUGAUAUGAAGCAUCAUGCCAUGGAGAAAUGGAUGUUGGAACUGAAUCGUUCAGAACCAAAUAUUUUUACAAUUGAUGACAAUAACAUGACAUCAUUUGUCGAUCUUAAAGCAAGAUUUUUGCAACAAACAUAUGCAGUGAAUACAAUGAUAACAGUGGAAAUUAUCGUAAGAAAUUCUUACUGUAGUGUCAUUGCAUUUUCUAAUGCAUCAAUAACAGUAAGUGGACCAGGUUACAAUGUUGAAAUUCCUAUUGAUGAGGCUCAACAGUCAAAUCUUAUUUUUCAAGCAAAAGAAACGAAAAAGUUUCACUUCAACUUUAAAGCGCCUCAUCAAAAUGAUGGCGUAGAGAUUCGUAUUAGCACAGUUUCCUUACAAAUGGGUGAUAGCGCGCAUUGCUGUAUUAUAUUAAGAUUUUCAGCUAUGGGCAGGGAAACAAAUUUGUUGGAUCGUUUGUAUCCUGAAAUACAACAACUUCGUGGAGGUGAGUUCGAGUCAAUAAGACCGUUAAUUCACGCGGAGAUUAAACAAGAAGAAUCGAGUUUAAGUCUCGAUGUAAAAUCCAAUAAUCCCGCGCUUACAGGCGAAUGGCUACCUAUCACGAUAUCCCUGUCAGCUAAUGAGAAUAUUAAUGCAGUCUGUUUGUAUGUAAUACUUGUAUCAGAUGGUAGCAACGAGCAAUCAACUGAAUUAAGCAUUAAUAUGCUUACUAAAGAGUCAAAAGUAUCUAUUCUUGUUGGUGAUAUGGUAAGAGGAGCUUUGACCAAACAUGUUGUACAUAUUCGAGCACAUAAAGUAGGCGAUAGAAAUAUCAUAAUAAAGGCAGACUAUACUAGACCUGAACAAAUUAGGGGGAGUAAAGAAUUAACAUAUUCGUUGGCGGUUAAGAAACCAUUUGAAGUUGCAACACAAUUUUACACUUCACUCUUCGAACCACUAACAAAGGGUUUUGUUAACGAACCUUUUAUCAUUAUGCCUCAUAUUACGUGUGUUUCCCCAUGGCCUAUAAAAAUUCUAAGUGCAUCUAUAGAAUUGGCAGAUCCCAAAGAAGAACAGAUUCAAAGAGAGAACAAUCUUGAUCAGGACUCCAUUUUAGCAGGUGUUGAACUCCGUGAUGGUGAAACAGGCACUGAUGCUUAUUGUUUGAUUCCAAAGAUAGGUGGCGAGCAACCUAUUAGUAUUGGAAUGUAUACCAUUAAGUGGAAAAGAGCAAAUGAUGAAACCGCAUUAGAAACUAGUAGCAGUGCAACUUUAGCUCCUAUAUGGGUUGAAGAUUCGGUGAUUGGAUUGGAAGCCAAAAUGCCAGCCCAUGGAUGGGUUCGCACGCAAUUCUGUAUAUCAUAUUUUAUAAAAAAUCAUUCUGAUUACCUUAUUACUUUGCGCUUAGCCAUGGAAGGUAGUGAUGCCUUCAUGUUUGGUGGACAAAAACAAGUUGAUAUUUAUAUACUGCCUAAGAACGUUCAAAAGGUUGAUUGGGUUUUACGGCCGCUGGUUGCCGGUUUUGUCGCUCUUCCAACAUUAUCGUUAACUGUACCUGCAGAUGAGGAACACAAACUGGGUAAAACACGACUAUCAGAGAUGAUUGAACGUUCAUUGCCGAGUCAUAUAUAUAUACUGCCGAAAUCGCAGUCUUUAGGAGAAUAA